AUGGACCCUCUACUCUCAGAUAAACAGAGACAUAAAAGAAGUCAUCUGACUAAGGUUUUAACUGCAUUGCUUUUUGGUUUGUCAAUUGCCGCAAUUGCUAUACUAUAUUUCGGUUAUGAAUCACAACUAAAAUAGGCAAAUGUUCUUGCCUCUUUUGUAGAGAUGGCAUAGCCAGGUGAAGUUAUUUUGUUCGAAGAUCCAGAAUUUAGAAAUAGCUAAAUACCCUAUCUCCUAAUUUUGAUGAAAUAUUGA